UCAGCUUCCUUUACGUGUUUCAUUUUUCUCUCUCCUUACUGUCACGCAAGAAUAACAUUAAUAUGAUCACUUUGGUUUCCUCAUACACUUCCGAGCAACAAAAACCCACAAGUCUCAGCUUCAUUUGACCUCGUUAAAGUCUCCGUCUUUGAUACUUUUCUUUUACUUCUACAUCCUUAAUUGUCUCAACUCUCAACAAUAUACUAUUUCAUCUUAUUCUUUGUUUCAUUAAAAGCUCUUAAAUGGUCUAAGUUUGUUUUAAUAAUUUUAAACAUGCAUUUUCAAAGUUCUGAGAUUUGAAUCUGAAUACUUGAAACAGAUUGAGACUUUUAUGAGGAAUUGGACAAGAACCCGAUGUCAGAUUCCGUCAAAACGACGGUGGAUCCGCUUUUGAAAGAUUUGGAUGGGAAAAAAGAGAGCUUUCGGAGGAACGUUGUGUCUAUGGCAGCUGAGCUGAAGCAAGUGAGAGGCCGUUUGGUUUCUCAAGAACACUUUUUUGUUAAAGAAAGCCUUUGUAGAAAAGAAGCAGAGAAGAGAGCUAAGAACAUGGAGAUGGAGAUCUGUAAAUUGCAGAAGAGAUUGGAAGAUAGAAACUGUGAGCUUGAAGCUUCAACUUCUGCUGCUGAAAAGUUUCUUGAAGAAGUAGACGAUCUGAAAUCGCAGCUAGCUUUAACAAAGGAAAUUGCAGAAACAAGCGCUGCUCCUGCUCAAUCAGCACAGCUUCAAUGCUCAGUGCUAAAAGAACAACUUGACGACAAAACACGUUCUUUAAGAGAACACGAAGACCGUGUAACUGAGCUCGGUCACCGGCUUGAUAACCUUCAGAGAGAUUUGAGGACAAGAGAGUUUUCUCAAAAACAGCUGAGAGAGGAAGUUAUGAGAAUCGAGCAUGAGAUAACUGAAGCCGUUGCAAAGUCUGGGAAAGGCACAGAAUGUGAGCUCAGGAAACUUCUGGAAGAGGUUUCUCCAAAGAACUUUGAGAGAAUGAACAAGUUACUGGCGGUAAAAGACGAAGAGAUUGCUAAACUAAAAGAUGACGUAAAGUUAAUGUCAGCUCAUUGGAAACUCAAGACUAAGGAACUUGAAUCUCAGUUGGAGAGACAAAGAAGAGCAGAUCAAGAGCUCAAGAAGAAGGUACUGAAACUGGAGUUUUGUCUGCAAGAAGCUCGUAGCCAGACAAGAAAGCUACAAAGGGCAGGGGAGAGGCGAGACAAGGCAAUCAAAGAGCUAAGAGAUCAGAUUACAGGAAAACAGCUGAAUGAAUCGGUUUCAGGGGAGAAACCAAACUUCUGGGAUACUUCAGGGUUCAAGAUCGUCGUGUCAAUGUCGAUGUUGAUAUUAGUGAUAGUCUCCAAAAGAUGAGUUCUUUGUAUCUUGAACUCUCUUUUUCUUUUUGUUGGUGUGUAAAUGCAGUAGUUGCAGAUAGUAUAGUUAGAUAAUGUUGCAUGUUACUCUCUGAGAUUAGCUAAGAGAACUCUUACUUACACUUUUUAAGUUAUUAGUUUUUGUUUGUGUGUUGAAUCUUAUCUUCUAAGAAAAGCAAUUCUGGAUU